AUGUCGUCAGUGGUAGAAUUGAACUUACGGCUGCCCUCGAUGCUGCAUGGCAAGAAAGGCUUCGAAAGAAUCCUGUGGGCAUUCACCAAUGUUCUGACUCAAUCAAUGGCCUGGCUCUUCCACGACCUGGAAAGCAACCCUGGUCAGGAUGAAGGUGAUCAUGGCCCCGAACCCGAAAAGGGAAAUGGCAAUAACUUACUAAAAGUUGGAGCAGGAAUCAAGCCGAUCAAUAAGGUCCAACCACAGUUGAUAACCUGCGAGCCACAGGAAAUUGAUCAAGAGCAAAUAAUCACUCCGCCGUUUUUUAACGAAAAGGGGAAAGUACUCGAGGAAAUAUCGGAAGGUGAUCUGCAGGAACAUUGUGGCUCCCUAUCCGAAUGGCUUGCCAUGGUUCAGAUGGCCUCUCCGCGGUUAUCUGGGGAAGAUGACGUCGAUCCGUAUUUGAGUCGUUAUGCAGUUCCAGACGCAGAUGGAAGCAAGGCCUCUGAUUUGAUGAACUUAAAAUGGCAUGGUUUGAUAUCGUCCCGUUGGAUCAUGCAGCUGUUCCUCAAUCUGUUGCAAAGCAAGGCUAGCAAUCUAUCCUGGUUUGCACUUUCCGUUGCUACUUUGGGUAAAGAGGCCGUGGAGGGAAGGGACGGAUUCACGGUUAUGGUCCUUCCUAGUCCACAGCCCAGUGAAUCCAAAGAAGCUGAAGAAUCCAAGGUGGAUAGCAAAGGAACCAGUGGAUCUGAUGGUCGGAUGACUCUAUGUUGGGAGUUGAUGGGGGCAUCGGUGACCGAACCCUGA